AUGGCAAGCCCUGAAUUCAGUAGUCCUCUUAGAAAAUACAAGCUUGUAUUUCUUGGUGAACAGAGUGUUGGAAAGACUUCUUUGAUCACCCGGUUUAUGUAUGACACCUUUGACAACACUUAUCAAGCUACUAUUGGAAUCGAUUUUCUGUCAAAGACAAUGUACCUAGAAGACAAGACUGUUCGAUUGCAACUAUGGGAUACAGCAGGACAGGAACGUUUCCGUAGUUUGAUCCCUAGUUACAUCCGUGAUUCAUCAGUAGCCGUGAUUGUUUAUGACAUUUCUAACCGGGAUUCUUUCCUCAAUACGUCAAAGUGGAUCGACGAUGUUCGGGCUGAGCGUGGUAACGAGGCUAUUGUUGUAUUGGUUGGUAACAAGACAGAUCUCAACGAAAAGCGUGAGGUGACAGCUGAUGAAGGUGAGAAGAGAGCCAAGGAAUUGAAUGUCAUGUUUAUUGAGACAAGUGCAAAGGCUGGACACAAUGUCAAGACUCUUUUCCGCAAGAUUGCACAAGCCUUGCCUGGUAUUCACCAAGGCACCAAUGACACCAAGGAACAGAUGCAAAAAGUCAACUUGAGCAACUCGAAUACUGAAGCCAGUGGUUGUGCUUGUUAA